AGUGAGGAAGUUAGACCGAAACGACACGAGAGCCGCCGCCACUGCCACUGCCACAGCUACCAAAAGUUUGAAGUUGGAACCAAGUUGGAUGCCAACGCAAAUGGGUGCACAAUACACCUCCACAGAUACAGAUACAGAUACAGGUGCAGAUACAGCUACAGCUACAGACACCUAUACAUACAGAGCCACGAGGAGCACAGAUCUAGCACCCAAAAGUGGAACAACAACAUCCAAGCACAAGAUGCCACUGCCACUGCCAAGUCUCGUUAUCAGCCUAAUCCUAUCGAUGGCCAGCCUGAGUCCGGUGCUGCUGCCAACGACGAACGCCAGUCCCGUCUUUGUGGAUAAUCCCAGCUUAGCACAGUUCCAAUCGGGUCGGAAUAUUCGACAUCUGCCCUGCAUCGUACGGAAGUCCGGUCGCUCGGGAGUCUGCAUGUUCGCCAUCGACUGCAUCAAGCAGAACGGCACGCAUCUGGGCACCUGCAUCGAUCGCUUCUACUUUGGCUCCUGCUGUGCGAUGAAGGAGGAAGCUUCACUGUUCGCACCGGAGCUCAACGACAACAGCAUCGAUCAGAAUACCAUCUCCCAUUUCGUCCACGAGUCCACCACGACGCUGCCCACCAGCUCCCUCUUCAAGCUGACCACCGAAAGCAGCGGCAGCAGUGGCAGCAGCAGCGGCGGCACCACCCACAAGGCAUCGCUGCACACGAGCAACGAGCUGCUCAAGAAUGUCACCCAAUCGUAUCUGAGCACCGCCAAGCCCGUGCGCACCACCACCACCACCACCAGCAGCACCACCACCACCAGCUCGACCCGCCGCCCGGCGCUGGACCACUCCACGCACAAGAACUCGCACUUUGUGGUGCGGACAACGGCGAAGCCAUCGACAACGGUAAGGCCGCCGCCGCGUCGGCGCACAACCAGUGCCCGGCCAGUGCUGACCACAGCCCCCGCCGUGGUGGUGGAGCAGCGCAUUGAGACGACCACGAUGCCCACCAAAUUUGUGACUUUCCAAAUUGUGGAGACAACCACGCCGCCGGCCACAGAACCCACCCAUCUGCUGGAGACGACUACGAUAGCCACCAGGCGGCACACAAGGCCGACAACGAGCAGCAGCAGCAGUGGCAGCUCAACAUCUUACAAAACAACAACCACCGUUGCCACCACCAGCAGCAGCAGCAGUAGCAGCACCACGACAAGGGCACCGGAAACCACAGCAAAAUCCACUACUCAGCGUCCGACACCGCCUCUACGCACCACCACCACCCCCAAGCCACACAAAACACAUUCAAGUAGGCGGCCAACAAAGCCAAUUGGUUCGACAACAACAACCACCGCAGCAGCCGCGGCGGCCGCAGCUAGUGGCACACGAAAGCCAGCGGAUAGCCUGAGCAGCAGCACCACCGCGAAUGCAACCACGGCAACAACCUCACCCGGCCGCAGGCCUGUGAUUCAAACCAGCAGCUCGAUCACAUCGACGACAACAACCACGAGCACAUCGUUCAAGGACGAGCUGAACAACAAUCGGGCAACGGCAACGGGCACAAAGCUGCCAGAGCGCACCACACAGGCGCCCAGGCCAAGGCCGAAACCCACUGGGGAGUUCGUAAAGGUGCCCGUCAUGCUGGCAGAGCCAGUGGGCCCCACAGCAACAACAACAACCACUAGCAGCAGCAGCAGCAGCAGCACCGCCUCAAAGUUACCCACAACAACAAGCACAAUGACAACCACUGGGCCAAGUAAAACAAAGCCAAGCAGCUCCACUACAACAACAACAACACCCACAGCAACAACAACAACAACAACUACGCCAAAGCCCACGCGUCGUCACACCACCAAAGCCCCAAUUACAACACCAAACACCACUAAAGCAACAACAACCACCGCCAAACCAACGACAACAGCCACAACAGUCACAGAGAGAGUCACAUUGCAGAGCUCGACGACAGCUAAAACAGAAACAACAACCACUAAGAAACCCGGCCUGAUAACCUGGACAGACGUGGAGGCUGAGCCACAGACCAACGCAAGCAUUUCCAAUGAUUGGCAGCCGGCAUCGGCACCGGCACCACCCGCAUCCACAGAUCUGCCCACCCAGCAGCCGGAGACAUUGAACAAAACAACGGCGAGCACAGAUUUUACAGCCCAAUCUGCAGCACCACCCACGGCCACGGACAAAGUGGUCAUCUCUGUGGCGACUAGUGUCAGUACCAGCGAGUCGAAGACCACAGAAAAGCCACACAGGACCACGAAACCACCGAAAGCCACAAGCACCGUCAGACCAACUAUCAAAACCACAGAGGCACCAGAGAGCAGCAGCACCAGCAGCAGCAGCAGCAGCAGCAGCGUUGCAUUGGCCUCAUCCACAGCAACUUCCAUUGAGCUAAGCUCGGAGAUGGGAUCAAGCAGCAGCAGCAGCAGCACCACCACCGCAGCAGAGACAGCAACGACAGAAGCCGCAGCAGCGGCAACCACUGAUUACAGCGGCGAGGAAGUAAAUCUGACGACGACCAACGAACCGACAGCUGGGAGCACAACCUUAGCGCCUGCAAAUGCAUUGGAGGGCGUCGAUUACAAAGAAGUGUGCGGACGUCGCAUGUUCCCCGAGCCACGCAUCGUUGGUGGAGCGAAUGCCGCCUUCGGCCGCUGGCCCUGGCAGAUAUCGCUGCGCCAGUGGCGCACCUCCACCUACCUGCACAAGUGUGGAGCGGCUCUGCUCAACGAGAACUGGGCAAUCACCGCCGCCCAUUGUGUGGACAAUGUGCCGCCCUCCGAUCUGCUGCUGCGCCUCGGCGAGUACGACCUGGCCGAGGAAGAGGAGCCCUACGGCUACCAGGAGAGACGUGUGCAGAUUGUCGCCUCCCAUCCGCAGUUCGAUCCCCGCACCUUCGAGUACGAUCUGGCCCUGCUCAGGUUCUACGAGCCCGUGGUCUUUCAGCCCAACAUCAUACCCGUUUGCGUGCCCGACAACGAUGAGAACUUCAUUGGCCAAACGGCCUUUGUCACCGGCUGGGGACGCCUCUACGAGGACGGGCCACUGCCCAGCGUGCUGCAGGAGGUGGCCGUGCCGGUGAUCAAUAAUACCAUCUGCGAGUCCAUGUACCGCACCGCGGGCUACAUUGAGCACAUACCGCACAUAUUCAUCUGUGCCGGCUGGAAGAAGGGCGGCUACGACUCCUGUGAAGGCGAUUCCGGCGGGCCCAUGGUGCUGCAGCGGGAGGCGGACAAACGUUUCCAGCUGGGCGGCGUCAUCUCGUGGGGCAUUGGGUGUGCUGAGGCCAAUCAGCCGGGCGUCUACACGCGCAUCUCCGAGUUCCGGGACUGGAUCAAUCAGAUUCUGCAGUUCUAGUUGCAUCGACCUCGCCUGCCUGUGUAUUAAUAUGCUUAAUACUUAGUGAAUGCCUAGCACGUCUUCCACCCACCACCCCCCCACUCAUGACUCAUGACUCAU